UUCCUCCAUGUGAAGUCUGCGCGGACCCCCAGCAGGAGCCCACCCGGAUACCCGAGCCAAGGAGCCCAGGCAGGACCAGUCGAUUGUCGCACGAUGAUGCUGAUGAUGGUCAGGCGGCGCGUGCUCUUCAUCCUCUCCAGCCUGUGCGCAAGCGUCUUCGGAGUGGAAGGGACAAAAAUCAAAUCCAAAGGCGGCCAUGGCCAGUUCCCUAUCACUCAGAACGUGACGGCGCUGGAGGAGGCAGCCGCCAACAUGACUUGCAGGGUGGACUUCAACGACAACACCUCCCUCCAGUGGUCCAACCCGGCGCAGCAGACCCUCUACUUCGGGGACAAGAAAGCUCUGCGCGACAACCGGAUCGAGUUGGUGCGUGCCUCCUGGCAGGAACUGACCAUCCGCAUCAGCAACGUGAGCCUGGCGGACGAGGGCCAGUACACGUGCUCGCUCUUCACCAUGCCCGUCAGAACCACCAAGGCCUUCCUCACCGUCUUAGGUGUACCACAGCGGCCCGAGAUCACCGGCUUCACUCGACCCGCCUUGGAGGGCAAUGUCAUCACUCUCACUUGCACCACCUCGGGCAGCAAGCCUGCCGCCCACCUCAGGUGGUUCAGGAACGACGAGGAAGUACAAGGUUCCAUGGAGGUCACGCCCAGGGGGAAAUCCUUCGUGGUGACGAGCAGCUUGUCCUUCCAGGUGCAGCGAGGGGACGACGGCGUGGCCUACACCUGCAUGGUGGAGCACGGCUCUCUCAACAACCCCUACAUGACCACCGAAGUCCUGGAGGUCCACUACGCUCCUCGUGUGGACAUCAGACAUUCCAUGAGCAUCCCCCAGGAGGGACACUACUUCAAACUGGAGUGCUUCUCCCGAGGAAACCCCAUCCCAGAACCGGUGUUGUGGUCCAAAGAUGGUGGCGAGCUGCCCGACAUGGAGCGAAUGAUCGUGGAGGGCACAGAGCUGACCUUCACCUCGCUGAACAAAACGGACAACGGCACGUAUCGCUGUGACGCCAGCAACCGCCUGGGGAGCAGCAGCGCCGAAUAUGUGCUCUUUGUUUACGAUCCGAACGCGGUCGGACAGCACGGCCCCGACCACGCUCUAAUCGGCGGCGUCGUGGCGGUGGUGGUCUUCAUCACGCUGUGUUUGAUCAUCGUCUUGGGGCGCUACCUUGCCAGACAUAAAGGGACGUAUCUCACGCACGAGGCCAAAGGGGCGGAGGACGCCCCCGACGCCGACACCGCCAUCAUCAACGCCGAGGGCAACCACAUGCACACCGAGGAGAAGAAGGAGUAUUUUAUUUAGGCUUUUUUUCUUCUUCUUUUUUUUUUACCAGACAUGCAAUUUGAAGCUGCCUCAAUGUGACCACAUGAUCGCCCACUUCCUCCUUUACUUUGUUGCCAUUUGCGGACAAUGUUUUAGCUAGCAGGACGCUUCGCUGUUAACAUCUGGGGGGUCAUUUUAAGGGAUGUUGACCCACCACAAUGAUGCACAGCGAGAUCCCAAAAUCCACCCGGAAAGAAAAAAAAAAAAAAAGAAGCACAAUCUUCUGGUUGUGUGUUGGCAUUUCUUUUUCCCGCUGCGACUAAAAAGCACAAAUUGUGAGGGCUGGCAGAGGAAGAAGCCAAGACCUGCUUCUCGUCUCAGGAGUGCAGAAGACAGAAGAGUUCAGUUUGCGUUUAGAAACCUGAAAGACGAUUAGUUUGCGAGUGGAAACCUGGAAAGCGAUUCAUUUGCGAUUGGAAACCUGGCAAGCGAUUAGCUUGCAAGUGGAAACCUGGCAGACAAUAAGUUUGCGAGUGGAAACCUGGCAGACAAUAAGUUUGCGAGUGAAAACCUGGCAUAUGAUUAGUUUACGAGUGGAAACCUGGUAACUGAUUAGUUUGCGUGUGCAAACCUGGCAAACAGUUGGUUUACGAUUGGAAACCUGGCCGACGAUUAGUUUUCGCGUGAAAACCUGGCAUUCGAUUAGUUUGCAAUUGGAAACCUAGCAGACGAUUAGUUUGCGAGUGGAAACCUGGCAUACGAUUUGUUUGCGACUGGAAACCUGGUACACGAUUAGUUUGCAAGUGGAAACCUGGCAAACAGUUGGUUUACGAUUGGAAACCUGGCAGACGAUUAGUUUGCGAGUGGAAACCUGGCAUACGAUUAGUUUGCGGGUGGAAACCUGGCAACUGAUUAGUUUGCGUGUGGAAACCUGGCAAACAGUUGGUUUACGAUUAGAAACCUGGCAGAUGUCUAGUUUGCGAGUGGAAACCUGGCAUACGAUUAGUUUGCGAGUGGAAACCUGGCAGCCGAUUAGUUUGCGAGUGGAAACCUGGCAGCCGAUUAGUUUGCGAGUGGAAACCUGGCGUACGAUUAGUUUGCGAGUGGAAACCUGGCGUACGAUUAGUUUGCGAGUGGAAACCUGGCACACGAUUAGUUUGCGAGUAAAACCUGGCAUACGAUUUGUUUGCGAGUGGAGACCUGGCAUUCGAUUUGUUUGCGAGUGGAGACCUGGCAAACAGUUUAAGAUUGGAAACCUGGCAGACUAUUAGUUUGCGACUGGAAACCUGGCAUACGAUUAGUUUGCGAGUUGAAACCUAGCAGACGAUAAGUUUGCGAGUGGAAAUCUGGCAGACGAUUAGUUUGCGAGUGGAAACCUGGCAUACGAUUAGUUUGCCAAUGGAAACCUGGCAUACGAUUUGUUUGCCAGUGGAAACCUGGCAACUGAUUAGUUUGCGAGUGGAAACCUGGCAAACAGUUGGUUUACGAUUGGAAAACUGGCAGACAAUUAGUUUGCAAGUGGAAACCUGGCAUACGAUUUGUUUGCCAGUGGAAACCUGGCAUACGAUUUGUUUGAGAGUCAAACCUGGCAUACCGAUUAGUUUGCGAGUGGAAACCUGGGAUACGAUUUGUUUGCGAGUGCAAACCUGGCAACUGAUUAGUUUGCGUGUGAAAACCUGGAAAAAAUUUGUUUGGGAUUGAAAACCUGGCAAACGAUUAGUUUGCGAGUGGAAACCUGGCAAACAGUUGGUUUACGAUUGGAAACCUGGCAGACGAUUAGUUUGCGAGUGGAAACCUGGCAAACGUUUAUGGGAGAAACUAUGCUCAAUGUGUGAAUAUUGCUGUUAAAUACUUUGCUAACGACGUGAAUAUUUCUGAAGGAUGUUGUUCAGUCUUUAGAUCCCUGGUGCAUCUGUACAUUUCCCUCGUAUGUAUGGUUGCUGUCCAAUGAAAAUACUUUUUUAAAUGAAAUGUGAAGAUAAAUGCAUUGAUGUUGGCAGUGAAUGGAUCACAACAAGCCAUAGCAAAGCAAAAUUGAAGAUGAGAUCUCCUUUAUGUCUCAUUCCUAUUUCCGAGACAUAAAGUCUCACUCUCGCAGUCCUCAGACUAUUUUAUAAUUGAAGGUGGGUUGUCCAGUCUUGAAAGACAGCAGCAGUUUAGUGGUGAUGCAUUCACUGCCCUGACAACACAAGAACCUGGUGAAGGACAACUUGGAGAAGAUUGUUUACGUUGCACACCUGAAAUAUUUAAGAGAAUUUUCAUUUGUUUCGUGUUUUUAAAAAAAAAAAUUUUUUUAAGAGAACUUGUUUGGUCACAACGCGUGUAAAUAGCGUCUAAGGAUUGGACAUCGGAAAAAAAAUCCGUAGUUCUAACCAGGGGUGUCCUGAUACUACCUGUCCACGUACGAUACUUUGGAGGUUUGAGUAUUGGCCGAUACCAAUAUUAAUUCGAUACGAUAUCAGCAGGAAUCAUACACACUUGUAUCCUUUAGUAGUGUGGAAUGUUAGAGAAGAUUUGAUCAAGUGAAAUGAGUCAAACCUAUUUAUUAUUGUAAAGUGAAUUAUAUUUAUAUAUCGCUUUUCUCAAGUGACUUAACAUAGUGAGACCCAUUAUCUAAGUUACAUUUUUAAACCAGUGUGGGUGGCACUGGGUGCAAGUGGGUACCGUGUCUUGCCCAAGGACACAACGGCAGUGACUAGGAUGUCAGAAGCGGGGAUCGGACCUAAAACCCUUGGUUGCUGGCACGGCCGCUGUACCAACCGAGCUACGCUGCCCAGGAAUAGACUUUUGCAGUUUUUAAGUUGAAGUGGAGUUGUUUUUGGCAACACCUAGGGGUCCCAAUAAUUCAUUGAGGUAAAUUGAAUGAUGCGGACACGUUUGUUACUGGAUACUCUCUAAUAUGCUUCUGCUUUGGAGAGUUUGUAUGUGUAAGUAAUAUUUAACUAUAAUUAUUAGAUACUUGUUUAUAUUGUUCAAUGUCACCUACUCUUGUUUAAUGAUUACGUACGUCUAGCUUGUGUGCUAUUGUGUGCUUAGCUGUUGUGUAGCUGCUAGGUCCUAGUAGCCUAUAGCCUAGAAUGAUUACCUGUUGUAAAUGACUUUAGUAAAAUAGAAGAAUUGGUGUGUUUAUUGUAGGACAUUUAGAUGUUAACUGUCUGCCCAGCUUUGCUCAAGUAAGCUCGCUGCAGGGCUGCUUGUAUCGCACAUGAUAUCACACGCUAGUAAACAUGCUACACUGCUUGUAUCGCACAUGACAUCGCACGCAAGUAAACACGCUGCAGGGCUGCUUCCAUCGCACAUGACAUCGUACGCAAAUAAACACGCCGCAGGGCUGCUUAUAUCGCACACAAGUAAACGCUGCAGAGCUGCUUGUAUUGCACGUGAUAUCACGUGCUAAUAAACACGCUGCAGGACUGCUUGUAUUGCACAUGAUAUCACGCCUUAGUAAACACACUGCAGGUCUGCUUUUAUCGCACACGAUAUCACACGCUAGUAAACACACUGCAGCACUGCUUGUAUCGCACAUGACAUCACACGCAAGUAAACACGCUGCAGGACUGCUUAUAUCGCACACAAGUAAGCAACACUGCAGAGCUGCUUGUAUCGCACGUGAUAUCACGUGCCAGUAAACACGCUGCAGUACUGCUUGUAUCGCACAUGAUAUCACGCCAUAGUAAACAUCGCAGGGCUGGUUUUAUUGCACAUGAUAUCACACGCUAGUAAACACACUGCAGGACUGCUUGUAUCGCACAUGACAUUGCACGCAAGUAAACACGUUGCAGGACUGCUUGUAUCGCACAGAAGUAAACAACGCUGCAGAGCUGCUUGUAUCGCAGAUGAUAUCGCACAAGUAAAAACGCUGCAGGACUGCCUGUAUGGCACAUUAUGUCACAUUUUACAUGCAAGCCAAUAACAACCAAUAGUUUUUGGGCCGAUAUCGGAUCGAUUGCUGAUAUCAGUAUUGGAUCGGGACACCCCUGCGUCUAACUGAAUUUUCAUAUUAUUCUCCAUCAUCAAACAUUUAAAAAAAAAAAAAGACAAUUAAGUAGUAAAAAAACAAAAUAACAUUUUCAAUAUCAAUGUCAUAAUUUUACACAUUUUUUGUUAUUUUAUAAGAGUGAAAUAUUGCAGAAAGUCAUCUUGUACUUAAAAAAAAAGUUUUUCUUGAUUUUCUGACAGAUUGUAGAGAUAAGUGAAACGAUACUGAAGCACUGAUGCAUUAUGAAACACAAGGAGUGAUACAGUAUCGCUCCAUGCCUGGAUGUGUGCGUCACUUCAACAAAAAUAACAUGUGACUGCUGCGUUGCUCGACGCUAAACUGUGUUUCGAAAGUGACAGCUCUUACUGAAAGACGUCGGAGGAGUGGCGUGAUGCCUUUGAUAUCAAUAUUUGUUUUUUUCGUGUUUUUUUUUCUUAUUAUUAUUAUUUAAUUUCCUUUGUUGGUCAAAUGUGUCUUUUUUUUAAUCCAGCAGAUGGCGGCGUUAUGAAACACCAACACUGUGUCAGUGCAGCCUCAAUACAGCUAGUGAGUGUGCCAAACACACAUUUAGUCAUCACUACAAUAAAGCUGUUCAGUGAUCGUUUGGAAAAUAGUCUCCUUUUAUUCAAAUGUGGUCAUGCAAAAAAUAAUGUAAAUAUCGCAUAGAACAAGAAAAUAUAAUAAUAUAACUUUUUUAUUUGCCAAAAUGAAUACAUGAAAUGUACAUAAACUAAUAUUAAAUACAUUAUUUAAAGUUGCAAUAAUGUAAAAUAAUCAUUGGUUUUUUUUUCAUGAAAAAUGACUUUUUAUUUUCCUCUUUUGCUACUUAAUUGUCAUGAUUCAUUGUGUGUUGUAAUACUGGUUUAGUUUUCAGUGUGGCUCCAAUGACUCCUUCAACAGGGAUCCUAAUGUGGGAAAAAAAAAAGAGAAACCGUACGUAUGUCUUACACUCCUAUUAUUAUGACCAGUGGUAUUCUUACUAGUUCAGUCAUGGUUUGUUGAUCAUAAGAAUGGACACCAGGAUCACCGUUAUGGCCUUUGAGUUUGCUGCAAACGUUGGUGAAUCAAAACACGUCCACGCUGUAUAAAAGGUCACAUGACACACCGACGCUUCUUUUCACGCCAUCAGGAACACAUUUUGUUAGAAAAAACUACAAACAAGCAAAAAAUAUACUUUUCAAAUUGCUGUAAUUAGCUUUUUAUGAGGGGGGGUAUGAAUGUGUGUUCGUGUAUGAACGUGUGUGUGUGUGUGUGCGCGUGUAUAAAUGUGUGUGUGUUUGUGUAUGAAUGUGUGUGUGUGUUCGUGUAUGAUUGUGCGUGUGCAUGUAUAUGAAUGAGAGUGUGUGUGCGCCUAUAUGUGUAUGCCCGUGUGUAUAAAUGAAUGUGUGCGAGUGUGUGUGAGGUUUUUCUUCCGAGCUUAAUAUUGAAUAUUGAUUUUCCACUCUGCCAUGUAAAGCAAAGAGAUGAAGAGAAAAGAACAAGAUUAAAACAUGAAUUUAAAGUCUAAA